AUGGACCCAGAUAAACAAGAUGCUCUUAGUAGUAUUGAGAAUUCCAUUUAUAGAACAGCCUUCAUAUUACGAUCUGUGCAAACUCUGUGCCAAUUGGACUUGAUUGAUAUCUCCCUGACCCAGCACCUCCUACUACACCAAUACUUUUGGGACGCAAGGGAAAGCUCCCUCUCAGUGCAGCAGCUUUUUCAGGCCCUCCAGGAGUUGUUUCAGAGGGUCAGGGUGGAAAAACCGGGACAGGUGCAUCCCAGAGCUCCGGAACUCACUCUGAGUCUUCUCACAGCGAUGUAUGACAGCAAAGGAACGGGUGUCCUCAAGCUUGUGCCUGCAGCCGCUGCCCUGAUUGCCCUCUCAGGGGACAGCCCUCUUACAAAAUACAGAGCUCUUUUCCAGCUCUAUGCAGAAAACAACAAGGGGCAAUAUGAAUCUGGGGCAUGCAUGACUCGAAGGACUUUGAGGAACCUACUAACUGAUCUACAACAGAUCCCAGCUGUGGUGGGGGAGAGUCAUGCUCUGUGUUCUGUGGAAAGUGCUACACGCAGCUGUUUCCAAGGGGUGUUGAGCCCAGCAAUCAAAGAAGAGAAAUUUCUAAGCUGGUUGCGAUCUGAGCCACCCCUCCUUCUGUGGCUCCCCACCUGCUACCGAUUAUCUGUCACUGAGAUGGUCACUCACCCGGCUCGGUGUAGUAUCUGCAGGAACUUCCCAAUCACAGGACUGAGAUAUCGCUGUCUGAAGUGUUUCAACUUUGACAUCUGCCAGGUGUGUUUCUUAUCUGGUCUUCACAGCAAGUCCCACCAGAAGUCUCAUCCUGUGAUUGAGCACUGCGUCCAGAUGUCAGCAAAGGAGAAUACGAAACUCCUGCCCAGGACCCUCAGAAACAACCUGCUCCAAGGGCGCUGUAGGAGGAAAGAAGCUGAGAGAAGGCAGUGGCUGCUGGACCAGGUGAAUCCGAAAGUCUUGGCUAACCCUGCACACACCAGGCUCCUUGAAAAACAGUUAAACCGAUGCAAAGACAGAUUGCAAGCACUGUGCGCCUCCCAAGAAGAAAAAAAUAGUAGAUUCGAAACAAAGAUUCGCCAGCUCACAACCAACCAGGACAGCCUGUGGACCAAGCUACAGCAGAUGGGAGAGGAUCUCCAGGCAACGUUGCAGCCACUUCAUCCUUUAUCUUCUUCCUGUCCAAAUAUGGUGUCGAAGAGUGACCUCUCUUUGACUAAAAGGUUUUGGAGGAAAGGAGACUCUUCAUGGAUCAAGAAUAUCACUGAGGAAGGCUCAGAGUGGGAACCUCUUCCUAACUCCACCGCUGUUGGCAGAAGUCACCCAAGUCAAACAAAUACAGAGCAUGCUCUACCAAAUCCAGAGCCACCAGAGGCCAUUUUGCAGCCAAGGUCAGUGCGAAGCAGCAGGGCACAAAACCAAGCCCAAAAGAUGAUGAAGCAAAGCCUACCCAGUGCUCAGGACGGGUUGCUGCUGGACAUCCCCCAAUUUAUCCCUGCUGAAAUCAGCAGUCCUGCUCUGGCACCUGCUGAAAGGAAAGAGACCACUAACAUCGAGGAGAGGAAGGAUGAGUCGGAGGAAGAGGAACUGCAAGAACUGCUAUCAAAAUGUAUGGAUGCCUUCACUCUCGAAAUGCCAUCAGGUCCUCAGUCUUCAGUAAACACGGAUCUGUACCAUGGAGCUGAGCAGGUGAGCAGGGCCUUCUCUGCCCUGAUUGAUCAAAUCACCUUGCCCAACUUGAAGUGA